AUGGGCAUCAAUUCAGAGGCGAACGGCCCUUCCUGUAGUCUACCUGCAGUCAUUGGGAAGCAAGAGACUCGACGCCUACCAGUUACGCUGCUUUCUGGGUUUUUGGGCAGUGGAAAGACUACGCUCCUCGAGCACAUUCUCAAGUCGCCGGACCAUGGCCUUAGGAUUGCAGUCAUUGUCAAUGACAUGAGCAAGCUCAAUAUUGAUGCUGCUCUCAUAACACAUCACAAAGUAUCCCAGACGAAGGAGAAACUGAUCCAGCUGCAGAAUGGCUGUAUCUGCUGCACUCUCCGUGGAGACUUACUCUCGGAACUGGCAAACUUGACCAAACAGAACGAGGUUGAAUAUGUCGUUAUCGAGAGCACAGGCAUUAGUGAACCUAUGCAGGUUGCGGAGACUUUCACUGCAGAAUUCAGCGCUGCGAUGCUUGAAGCCGAGGAUCAAAUCGCGGAUGCCGAUGAAGAUAGCAAAAAGAUUCUUGCCGAGAUCGCAGAGUUGGGAGGCCUUCACACCUUAGCAAGCCUUGAUACUACCGUGACGGUGAUCGAUGCGUUCAAUCUGUUGUCGAAUUUUGAUACCACCGAGUUCCUUUCUGAUCGCUAUGGUGCAAAGGAGAUUGUGCCAGAAGAUGAACGUACCAUCUCUGACCUCAUGGUAGAUCAGAUCGAGUUUGCCGAUGUGGUGAUCAUCAACAAGAUAGAGACGGUUAAUGAAGAUACCCGCCGUCGGAUUAAGCAGCUCGUGAACUUGUUGAAUCCUGAGGCUAAAGUCUUGGAGGCUAGCUACUCAAAAGUUGAUGUGCGAGAAAUAAUUGACACUAAAAGGUUCAAUUUUCUCAAGGCAGCCUCAGGAUCAGGGUGGCUACGAAGCCUGCACGAAAUGACAAUUAUGAAUACUGGUAACGGGCAGAGAAUGGCUCCGAAACCGGAGACCCUGGAGUACGGUAUCAACAAUUUUGUAUAUACUGCAAGGAGGCCCUUUCACCCUCGUCACCUUUUUGCUCUUCUUCAUGAUAAAUUCAUCCUUCUCCAACAUAGCGAAGGAGGAGACGAGGAUGAAGACAAUGAAGGUAACGAGAAUGACAAAAUGGAUUUGGACGAGGAGGAGGACGAUGAGGGGGAUGAAGACACAGAGAAACAGGGUGUGAGUGGGUUUGAACAACCUGAUCCUGCGGUAAUACUUGCAAACAAGCGUUCACAUGUCUUUGGGCCUGUUCUACGCUCCAAGGGAUUCUUCUGGCUCGCAACUCGUCCCCUCCAGUUUGGAGAAUGGAGCCAGGCAGGGGGUAUGUUAACGGUAAGCUGUGGUGGUCCGUGGUUUGCUGAAGUGCCCGGUGAUGCAUGGCCAGAGGAUGAAGACGUCCGCAAAUCAAUUGAAAAUGACUUCAAAGGCGAUUGGGGUGACAGAAGACAGGAGCUGGUGUUCAUCGGCGAAGGAAUCGAUACAGAGAAGAUCACUGCUCUCCUAGACAAUUGUCUGCUCGAUGACAAGGAGAUGGCUAGGUGGGAGCGUGUCAUGGGGAACAGAGAGUUGUCUAGAGAUGAGAAAGCAGAAUUACUGGGAACUAUGUGGGAAGAUGGCUGGGAAGACUGGCCUCCCUUUGAAAUCGAGGGAGAAGACGAGGAUGAGGAGGAUAUGGAGGAGACGAAGCCAAAGCAUUACAUUAGUGAUUAUUUGGGCCCUGCUAAGAAGGACGGCCAUAAGCACCAUCAUCACCACCAUCACCAUAAAAAUGGUGAGCGCAAAAAGAGUGCAAAGGCCGCCUGA